UUCGAAAUGUUGAUUGAGGGGGACAAAACCUGCUGCACGAUCGAAACGCAGCACCUCAGCGACCCCCCUUAUCAAGACUACUUUUACUCAGACUGCCACGUUGAUGCCCAGGCUGUCGUCACAAGCCCUCUGCCCGACAGCAAUCUGUCCAUUAUUGGGCCUCGCUUCAUCGUAGCUUGGCCCGCUGGCAACAGCGGCAUCUGCACCUUCUUCCAGCCUCAGAGCGGCAAAAAUGGCAGUCUCGCCAUUGAGCUAGUCAACUCCACGCUGGGAGCUCCCCUAGGCCCGGUAUACAGCAAAAUCAAAGACUCUGCCAAUCCUAUCGUCGGCGUUGAGGGCGUUCUCUCGUUCAACAAUUCAGCCGAGCUUUCAAUUGCAAUUCUCGGCAGCGUGAGAAACAUACGCGACUUUACCGAAGGACCCAGCCUCCUCAGUCCCAUCAUCCAAGCAGGUAUCAAGGUCACCGAGUUUCAAAAGAAGGGUGCCAAAAUAUCUCGCCUAUGGCUAGACAACGUCACAACCACUACCUUUACUCUUAUGCCUUGGAAGAAGGGCGACAAUCAUAUUCAGAUUGACAACACAACGCUACGGUUUGGCUCUGGGCUCUACCACUUUACAGCGUCAUUCAACUACCCUCAACUCAAGCAACUUACGCCAAGCCAGAUUCUCAACGAGCAGUCCCAAUCUCUUGUCAAGCAGCAACCAGAGACCGUCUCGUCGCUUUCCUUCUUCUCCUACACAGAUAAACUUCUUGCCGGUGGCUGGCGCUUCCUGACUUACUUUGGCCGUGACAGCAUGCUCACCGCACUUUUGCUUGAGCCCAUCCUCGGGACUGGCAACGGCUCUGCUAUUGAAGCCGUCAUUGGAGCAGCGCUCGAACGCGUGAACCGAACAGACGGAUCAGUUUGCCACGAAGAAACCAUUGGCGAUUACGCGACGUUUGUAAAUCUACAAAACAACGUUACAUCUACAGCAGCCGGAUUCACAUAUCCAAUGAUUGACACCGACUACUAUCUUCCCAUUUUAAUGGCGCGAUACUUUGACUCGUCGCCAAAGCGCAUUACUCCGCUCCUCAACACCAAGGCUGAAUCCAUCGAUGUUGGCAAUCAGAACUUGACCUGGGGAGAUCUCAGCUACGCGACUGCCAGCAAGAUUAUGAACAUUACAGCCGCCUUUGAACAGAGCCAGACAGUGGAAAACCUCAUUGCUCUCAAGCCAGGCCAGAAUGUUGGUCAAUGGCGCGACUCUGCUUGGGGCCUCGCUAAUGGCCGCAUCCCCUUCGACGUCAACUGCGCUCUGGCUCCAGCUGCUCUGUAUGCCAUCUCCAGCCUUGCGGCUAUGCCUGGCGUCUAUCCCAACAACUCGGUGACGCAGAAUUGGACCGCAGCCGCAGCUCAGCGAGCCAAAGUAUGGGAAGACAGUACGCUACAAUUCUUCCAGUAUAACAUGACUGCGAAGACUGCUGUUGCGAGAUUGACAGAGUACACGAGCAAAAACACCUUCUACGACGGUCCUACGAAUGGUGACUCAGUGUCAAACUACUCUACCGACGGGACAAUCAUAGACUAUGGGCUGGCCAUCAACAGCACAGCGACGCCAGACGUUAUCCCGCUCACUCACACGGACACGGCCUUUCGCCAUUAUCUGCUCAACGCUACAGACGACGAACAGCUCACGACAUUCAUCAACGCCUCUGCCAAUGCAGUGCUCCGCCCAUUCCCAGCCGGGCUGAGCACCCCAAUCGGCGUCGUCGUCGCAAAUCCAGCACUAUCCAACAACGAUGUCCUCAUUGCAAACUUUCCCAACUCUGCCUACCACGGCACCGUUGUCUGGAGCUGGCAAUUGGCGCUCAUGGCGAAAGGCUUUGAGCGGCAGCUGGAGCGAUGCCACGGCUCUAGUGACGUGACGGAUAUCCCAUCGUCCAUCACAAACGCAACUGCAACGCCCCAAUUCUGCAGCAACAAGCAAGUGUACACUGCGCUGAAGACGGCAUACAACAAGCUGUGGGAUAUUAUUGAGAACAACUCGGAGCAGCUGGAGUCCGAAGUCUGGAGCUGGACGUACAGCGGUGGCAAAAAUGGCACAGAGGCGGAUUUCAAGUUUUCUCCUCUCGCCGUGCUUCCUCCACCUCCAGGCGCCAGCAGCGCGACAGAAAGCGAUGUGCGCCAGUUGUGGAGUCUGACGUUUUUGUCUGUUACAAGGAACAAGAGCUUUUCGUAGAGUGAGGCGAUGAGGGAUGCAUUAACCACA